AUGCAGAAAAAGGAGAAAAGUUUUGGUAUACAAAUGCUCUCAGUCCAGCCAGACACCAAGCCGAAAGGUUGUGCUGGCUGCAACCGUAAGAUUAAAGACCGAUAUCUUCUAAAGGCCCUGGACAAAUAUUGGCAUGAAGACUGCCUGAAAUGUGCCUGCUGUGACUGUCGCCUGGGGGAGGUGGGCUCUACCUUGUACACCAAAGCCAACCUUAUCCUUUGUCGCAGAGACUAUCUGAGGUUAUUUGGCGUUACAGGAAACUGUGCUGCCUGCAGUAAGCUCAUACCUGCUUUUGAGAUGGUGAUGAGAGCAAAGGACAAUGUUUAUCACCUGGACUGCUUUGCAUGUCAGCUUUGCAAUCAGAGAUUUUGUGUUGGAGACAAAUUUUUCCUGAAGAACAACAUGAUUCUGUGCCAGACAGACUAUGAGGAGGGUUUAAUGAAAGAAGGUUAUGCACCCCAGGUUCGCUGAUCGGAUGCCACAUCAUUAAGAAUAAAAAGCACUAUGUUCUUUUAUCUUUUUUGCUCAACAUGUAUAUAAGAAAUGACACAGGAACCUACUGAAUAGCAUAGAUAUAGGGAGACAGAAUGGUUGCGUGAAAUAAAAGGCGGACUGCAUCUGUAUGUAGUGAAAAUUGCUCCAGUUCAGAGUUGAAUGUUAAUUAAAAAGGUACUGUAUAUAAAGCUGGAUUCUUUUUGCUUGCUCUUGGGAUUUUUCGGUUCGUUUGGGGUUUUUUUUUGUUUGUUUCUUUUUGUGUCAUUUGGCAUGAGAUGUUUAUUUUGGACUACUGUACAUAAUGUAUUGUAAUAUUUGAAGCACAAAUGUAAUACAGUUUUAUUGUGUUACCAUUUGUGUUCCUGUUUGCUUCUUUGUAUUGUUGCAUUUAGUACAAUCAGUGUCUAAACUUACUGUAUAUUUAUGCUUUCUGUAUCUACCAGCUAUUUUAAAUGAGCUGUAUCUUUCUAGUAAAAAGCAUUAAAGAGCAAAUCCCAACCAUUAUGCUACACUUAGAGCUUAAGAAUACUGUUUACAUUAAAACUAUUUAGAAAACUAAUAACUAGCAGCACCUGCUGCUAAUGAUGCUAUGGUUAAGGGUCUAUCAGCACUUCUCUUAUAAGCCUCUAUUUUUCAGGGGUUAAGCAUCUGCUGUUUAAUUGCAUGGAUUUUCCUCAAAGAGCACUUUUAUUUUACUACAAAAUUUUGAAAAGCAAAUCUGACUGGUUUGAGAUAUAUUAUAAAAGGUGCAAAAGUUAAUGCUUUUGGGUGCUGCUUU